UGUGUGUGGGUGGAUGUGUUAUGCGCGUAGAAACAAGCUUGGCCCGUUCUGAUGAGCGGUUUCGACAUGAUCGGUAUUGCCCAGACUGGAACUGGCAAGACAUUGGCCUUCCUUCUACCUGGCAUGAUCCACCUUGAUCGACAGCCUUGUUCUCGUCGUGACCGCAAAGGACCGUCCAUGCUGGUGCUAUCACCAACUCGUGAGCUGGCACUUCAGAUUGAGGCUGAAGUCAAGAAAUACGACUACCACCACAUCAGAUGCUGUUGCAUCUAUGGUGGUGCUGAUCGCCGUGCACAGGUGGAAACCGUCAAAGCUGGCGUGGAGAUUGUCGUGGCAACGCCGGGACGUCUGUGCGACUUGCAGAUGAACAAUCUCCUGUCGCUGGAAAGUGUCACCUACCUGGUCUUGGACGAAGCUGACCGCAUGUUGGAUAUGGGCUUUGAGCAUGACAUUCGCAAGAUCAUGCUGGAUAUCCGUCCGGACAGACAGACAGUAAUGACAAGUGCAACUUGGCCCCCGGACGUACGUCGUCUGAGUGACAAGUAUAUGAAGGAACCCAUACUUGUGCAUGUCGGCUCCUUGGAUUUGAGGGCAUGCAAGCUGGUCACUCAGGCCGUGGAGGUUCUAGAUGAACAGACUAAGUAUAAACGGCUUCGGCACUUCUUGGAAACGGAGCUGGGCGAGGAUGGACACGUCCUCAUCUUCUGUGGCCGCAAGAACACUGCUGAUCACGUUGGGUCUGAGCUAGUCAUCGACGGAAUUGACUGCAACGCUCUCCAUGGCGAUCGCGACCAGUAUGACAGAGAGCAGGCUUUGGAAGACAUCAAGACAGGUCGCGUGCGCGUUCUUGUUGCAACGGACGUCGCAUCCAGAGGUCUGGAUAUUCCCGGAAUCACUCACGUUGUGAAUUACGACUUUCCACACAACAUGGAAGACUACGUGCAUCGCGUUGGACGCACAGGCAGAGCUGGUCGCACUGGCAUAUCACUGACGUUUAUGACACGCGAGAACUGGCGCCAGGCGAGUGAUCUUAUCGUAAUACUGGAAGAAGCCGGACAGGUGGUACCGGAGGAGGUCGUGGAGAUGGCUCAGCGAUUCGAAGAGUACAAGGCUCGCACCGGUGAUGACGGCAAGAGACCUCGUCGCGGAGGACGCGGUGGUGGAGGAGGACGCGGUGGUGGAGGGGGCCGUGGUGGAGGAGGACGCGGUGGCGGCGGUAAUGGUGGAGGUCGUAGCUAUGGCGAUCGCAAUGGUAGUGGAGGCUAUCGUGGCGGUGGAGGAGGCCGUGGUGGAGGCCGUUUUGAUGAGGGCGGUUUCAGCUUUGCCUGAAACAACGAACAACAUAAUAUGGAAGCAUUGUUUUCAUUCGGUGUUCCGAGUCGUCAAGCCGGGUUGCUCCCGAGAUUCCUAUCGUGAUGACGCUUCUCUGCACCCGACACUGCCAACGAAGAGAAGAUCUGCCCUUCUGUGUUAGAGCAGUGUGUGUGUGUCUGUACAUGUCGUGUCUUGCCGCGUUGAGCCGUGUGUGCCGCAUGCUCUCGUGUGCCUUGUUUUCAACUGAGUUCUCUACCCGUGUACAUACUGCUGCAAUCAAGUACUCUCUUCUGCUGGUCUUGGACUGACCAUGCCGUUUUGCAAGCUGCUGUAAAUAUUGUAUUAUAUAAUUGUGUGUGUGUGUGCACUUAGGUUGUCACUGAUAGCGGUGACACGGUGCCUGCGUGAUGGCAAUGGUCAUGAUUAUCUAUCCCGCCGUGACCUGUGUAGUCCAAUGCGAUGUGUGCUAACUUAGCACGUUGUGUACGUAUCCAAUGUCUUUGUGCCGUUGCCUGUGUGGCAGUUCCAAGUUGUCAUUGAGUUCUUGACGGCAAACGCCCUUGUUCCAAUCUUGCUUGCCUUUCUUUUGUUUACUGCUCCGCUCCUCCUUCUCAUGACCGACAUAUUAUCUCCUGCUCUCAUUGAUUAUUCCAUUCCCUGUUUUGACUGAAAGCAGACGUUUUCAGUCCGGUGAUUCUCUCGUGUUGAGUUUUUAGCCAAUGGCCCUGUUUCUUGCUCUAGCGCUCACGGGCUCAAUGCAGUUCUUUCUUAGGCGGCCUUUCGCAGCUUUCAAUGGUUUAUUCCUUGCGCUUCAGACCAUGAUUCGUAAUUCAGAGCAGGGUUUGGCCUCCUGUACUGUGCUGCGCUCCA